GUAGAAGGAGUGAGGUUGAAGCGGGCAGCGAGCGUCGCUGCGUACUUCGAAGCGGUGAGGUGAAUAGACGUCGGUGUAACACGAACUGCUUCGUCGGAGACGGGUGGCAUCGGCUGCUGUUGGCGAUCGCGUUCGUAGCUGAGGUGGACUUCGGGAACGUCAUCCGGGUCAACAUCAGCGAGGGGAAUAAAUUACGGGAUGCCUGUUGACAUGACAGGUAAGUUAAGAAUAUCGCUGUAGACCUUCUGCAUCAGUUUGUAACGAGUGGAGCCAGGAAAAUGACUCGAAAACGGGUCGUGGGUAAGAUUGGUGACCGGACACGUGGUGCAGACCGUUGGGCGAGACUGCGGUUUCAUCUCCGUGCCGUCAGAUAAAAGUCGGCGUUAGUAUAAAAUGAAGAAAUGAUGAAAGGAGAAAGAGCUGGAGACAUGUCAAUCUCCCCUUCGACGAAACGGUUUGAUGGCAGAUGGUCCUGCGACAGCUACUGGAAGACUCGGCUGCUCGGCGACUUCUUCUUUCACGGCUUCCUCGACGACUUCGGGUUCAUCAGCUGCAAGUCCACUGAUUUCUCCCCAAAGUGGAGCUGGAGUUCCUUGGAAGGCUGCACGGGUGUUAUAGAAGGUUCGCCAAGCAUUGGCGCCUUCAUCGGCGGUAUUAAACUCCCAAGUAUCCAGUGCGGGACCGAGACCAAGGACGCGUUCAGAAUCACCAGAGGUGCCCUGUGCUGUGAACUGAAGAACUGAUACUCCAUGUUGAGUAGCAGCGCGACCGAGGAGUUGAGCUGUGGAGAGAAGAUUGAAACCAAGGCUGGCGACGAUAGGAACAUUGGUAACGUCGGAGCACAUGUGCCAACCGCAACAGCUGUCGAGAUACCAAGUAUUGGGUCCUGAAAUGACUCGAGCAAGGUUAGCGUAAACUUGCGAUGCAAAGACCGGAGGACGAUGCUGUGAUGGCGGUGUACUCUGCGGCAUCUGCUGCGUCUGGGACGUCGACUGCUGCAUUUGCUGAUGUGGCUUCGGUAACUGCUGCGAACGAUGAUAUGGUUGCGAAGUGCUGCGACGGUUUUGACAACGACUGCGACAAGUUUGGUCAAGAUCUUGCUGUUCCGCUUGAAGAUACGACGAAAUUUCGGUUUCUGAGAGGUUCGGAUUCAUGCGCAAGAAGGCGCGCGUCUGUCGCCACUCGGGACCAAGUCCAGCAAGAAGGACCAUGAGAUACAUCUCACGAGGGAAGUAUCCUCCACUCUUCUCCAGU